UUCGUGGAAUCACACGCCAAAGCGGUUCCUCGCGCUUCCACACUCUUCACCACGCGCGGCUGGAGCGACAGCGAGAGACGAUGCGGCUGGAGGACUGACCACCGCCGGCUCCCUUUCUGCCCGGUGCCGCCUCAUGUUCCGAGCAGACACUUCGCUGCGGAGCUGCAUAGAAAUGAGCCUAAUGGCAGGUUGAAUGAGAGCGGCCGCCGUGGAGGCUGCAGACCGACGCGCUUCGCUGAAAGGAGGCAAGAGGGGGGGAGGGGGACGCUCGGCCGUCUUGUAAGAGGAUAAAGAAAGGACGAAAAGGGAAAGCGAGCUAUUUUUAAGGCGGACUGUUUCGGUGACGCCAUGAGCGGCGGAGCGGACGAGAGCUCGGUGCGGGUUGCCCUGAGGAUCCGUCCUCAGCUGGCUAAGGAGAAAAUCGAGGGCUGCCAUAUCUGUACGUAUGUGAUGCCCGGAGAACCACAAGUGGUCCUUGGUAAGGACAAAGCCUUCACCUUUGACCACGUGUUUGACAUGGACACGCAGCAGGGGACCAUCUACACCCACUGCACAGAGAGACUUAUCGAAGGCUGCUUCGAGGGCUACAACGCCACCAUCUUUGCGUACGGACAGACAGGUUCAGGUAAGACGUACACCAUGGGGACCGGCUUCGACGUCAACAUGGGAGACGACGAGCAGGGCAUCAUUCCGCGCGCCGUCCACCACCUGUUCAGGGGGAUGGAGGAGCGCAGACAGGCGGCCACCGAGCAAGGCAGGCCCGUCCCCGAGUUCAAGAUCAACGCGCAGUUCCUGGAGCUGUACAACGAAGAGGUGCUGGAUUUGUUUGACACGACCCGAGACCUGGAGGCCAGGAGGCAGAGAUCCAACAUCAAAAUCCACGAGGACGCCAACGGGGGCAUCUACACCGUGGGGGUCACCACCCGCACCGUGACCUCGGCUGCUGAGAUGAUCCAAUGUCUGAAGCUGGGCGCCCUGUCUCGCACCACCGCCAGCACCCAGAUGAACGUCCAGAGUUCGCGCUCGCAUGCCAUCUUCACCAUCCACCUCUGCCAAGUCCGAGUCUGCUCUCCGGAUAACAAUGACAAUGUCACUGACAACCGGCUGGCUAACGACUCCGAGAUUGAUGAGUUUGAGACUCUGACCGCCAAGUUCCACUUCGUGGACCUGGCCGGUUCCGAGAGACUGAAGAGAACCGGAGCGACGGGCGACAGAGCGAAAGAGGGCAUCUCCAUCAACUGUGGACUGCUUGCCUUGGGAAACGUCAUCAGCGCUUUGGGAGACCGCAGUAAACGUUCCACCCACGUGCCUUACCGAGACUCCAAACUCACCCGGCUCUUACAGGACUCUCUGGGCGGCAACAGCCAAACUGUAAUGAUCGCCUGCAUCAGCCCGUCCGACCGAGACUUCAUGGAGACUUUGAACACGCUGAAGUACGCCAACAGGGCGCGAAACAUCAAGAACAAGGUGAUGGUGAACCAGGACAGAGCCAGCCAGCAGAUCAGCGCCCUGAGGACGGAGAUAGCCCGGCUGCAGAUGGAACUGAUGGAGUACAAGACGGGGAAGCGCGUCCUGGGUGAAGACGGAAUGGAGGGAAUCAACGACCUGGUCCACGAGAACUCCAUGUUGCAAACGGAGAACAACAACCUAAGAGUGAGAGUGAAGGCCAUGCAGGAGACCAUCGACGCCCAGAGGACCCGGCUGACACAGAUCCUCAGCAACCAGGCCGGCCAGGUGUUGGCCAAAGCAGGCGAGGGCAGUGAAGAAAUCAGGAACAUGAUUCAGAACUACAUCAAAGAAAUCGAGGAACUGAGGGCGAAGCUUUUGGAGAGCGAGGCCAUGAACGAGGGCCUGAGGAAGAACCUGUCCCGGGUGUCGGCCCGCUCCUCGCUCUACGCCGGCCCCGCCUCCUUCCCCUCAUCCGCCCUCAUCGCCCCGGAGAAGGAGGCCAGCGACGUCAUCGAGAUGGCCAAGAAGAACCUGCAGAAGCUCAAGAAGAUGGAGAAGAAGAAGAAAAAAAGGCUGAGGCGGUACGAGGAGAAUCAGCACCACGAGGCUGAGCUUGACAGUGUCGUCAAGGAGGAGCUCCCCGACAACGACCAGGAGAGAAGCAACGAGGAGGCGGAGGGGGAGGCCAGCGGCCAUGAGGACGGAGAAGACGCAGACGGAGAAGAGGAGGACUUCGAUAUAGAAGGAGAGGAGACGUCCGACGGCUCCGACUCAGAGGAACUGGACGAGAAAGAGAACGUACAGGCCGACCUGGCCAACAUCACGUGCGAGAUCGCCAUCAAGCAGAAGCUGAUCGACGAGCUGGAGAACAGCCAGCGGCGCCUCCACACCCUGAAGCAGCAGUACGAGCAGAAGCUGAUGAUGCUGCAGAACAAGAUUCGAGACACGCAGCUGGAGCGGGACAAAGUCCUGCACAACAUGGGUUCGGUAGAGUCUGGUUCAGAGGAGAAGGCCAAAAAAAUCAAGGCAGAGUACGAGAGGAAGCUGAGCAGCAUGAAUAAGGAGCUGCAGAAGCUGCAGUCGGCCCAGAAGGAGCACGCCCGCCUGCUGAAGAACCAGUCGCAGUACGAGAAGCAGCUGAAGAAGCUGCAGCAGGACGUGACCGAGAUGAAGAAGACCAAAGUGUCGCUGAUGCGUCAGAUGAAGGAGCAGCAGGAGAGGAGCAGAGCGGCUGAGUGCCGGAGGAACAGAGAGAUCGCCUCUCUGAAGAAGGACCAGCGCAGAGCGGAGCUCCAAGUGAGGCAGCUGGAGGCCCAGAAACGGCAACAGGAGCUCAUCCUUCGCAGGAAGAACGAAGAGGUGACUGCUCUGAGGCGACAGGUGAGACCCGUGUCGGGGAAGGCAAACAGGAAGCUGAGCUCGCCCGAGUUCGCUCAGGAAGCCUGGCCCCGGGCGACACCGGGACGGCCGCAGACGUCCGGAGCGAGCCCUUCCAACGGAGCGAGGAGCUCCCCACUACGGAGGGGAGGCGUUCACCUGAACCGCACAGCCAGGACCAAAUGGCAGUCUCUGGAGAGACGUGUCAGUGACAUCAUCAUGCAGAGGAUGACCAUCUCCAACAUGGAGACGGACAUGAACCGCCUUCUCAAGCAACGAGAGGAGCUGACCAGGCGGCGGGAGCGCGUGUCCAGGAAGAGAGAGAAGCUGGCGGCGGAUGGCGCUGACGCCGACCGUUCCCUGGCUUCCCUGAACGAGGAGCUGGAGUCUCUGGCCGCCAACAUCGACUACAUCAACGACAGCAUCGCCGACUGCCAGGCCAACAUCAUGCAGAUGGAGGAAGCCAAGGAGGAAGGAGACACUGUGGAUGUGAUCGCUGUCAUCAGCUCCUGCAGCUUAUCAGAAGCCCGCUUCCUUCUGGACAACUUUGUGUCCAUGGCCAUAAGCAAGGGCCUGCAGGCGGCUCAGAAGGACUCCCAGCUGAAGGUGAUGGAGGGGCAGCUGAAGCAGACGGAGAUCAACAGCGCCACCCAGAACCAGCUGCUCUUCCACAUGCUGAAGGAGAAGGCCGAGAUCAACCCAGAGCUGGACGCCCUGCUGGGCAGCGCCCUGCAAGAGUUAGGGUUCCUGCUACCAGCUGCAGAAAACGGGGAUUGUAGCAGUAGCGACGAGUCCACUCCAAGUCCUGCUACAGAUGGCAGCACGCUGUCGUCAGAUUUAAUGAAGUUAUGUGGCGAAUCAAAGCCGAGAAGCAAGGCUCGACGGCGGACCACCACCCAGAUGGAGCUGCUGUAUGCCAGCAGUGGGGAUUUGUCCUGCGAGUCCCCCACCGGAGACUUCCCGGCCCCUCUGCUGCCCCUCGCCGAGCGCCUGGAAGGGCCGGCGGACAUGUGGGGUCAGGCAGCUGGUCAUGCCCCGGACUGCGAGCGAGCCGUAUCUCCAUCUGCGCUGUCUGUCAGGCCAGCUGGCAUUUCUGGAUCUAGAUCACCUACGGGGGUGGAGAGGAGGCAGCUGGAGCGUUCGCCUCUGAACCGAAGGAAGGUGCAAGAAAAAGGCCCCAUCGUGUCUCCCAUGGCAACCCCCACACAGAUACCAUCAGCGGGCGCCACGGAAACUAAAACUAAAGGCAGCGAGUACAAAUCAAUGCUGGAUGAAUCGCCUGUAUUUGAAGGACACAGAGGUGUGAUAAAUCCGGUGGCAGCUCCAAAGAACAGAACCGGUGCCAGAAUUCAGUGCAUCCACGUAGCUGAAGGCCACACCAAACCUGUUCUCUGCGUGGACGCAACGGAUGACCUACUUUUUACUGGCUCUAAAGAUCGGACUUGCAAGGUCUGGAACCUGGUGACGGGCCAGGAGAUUAUGUCCCUCGCAGAUCAUCCCAGUAGUGUUGUCUCAGUCAGGUACACCUCCAGUCUCGUCUUCACCGUUUCCACCACUUACGUCAAGGUCUGGGAUAUUCGAGACUCCGCCAAGUGUAUCCGUACGCUCACAUCAUCAGGUCAGGUGGGGUCGGGGGACACAUGUUCGUCUGCUCGGAGUUUAUCCAUCCCACCCGGAGAGAGUCAGAUAAACCAGAUCGCCCUCAACAAUUCUGGCUCGUUUCUGUACGCUGCUGCUGGGAACGCCGUCCGCAUGUGGGACCUUCGCAAGUUCGUGUCUACCGGAAAGUUGACGGGCCAUUUGGGACCCGUUAUGUGUCUAAGCAUUGAAAAGCUGGGCCAUGGACAGGACGUCAUUCUCACCGGCUCCAAAGACCAUCAUAUCAAAAUGUUCGAGGUGACCGAAGGUGCUCAGGGCAGCGUCGGCUCCAGCUAUACGUUUGACCCCGCUCACCAGGACAGCGUGGAGUCUCUAGCCAUUCACAGAGACGCCUUAUAUAGCAGCUCCAGAGAUUAUUACAUAAAGAAGUGGGACAUGGCCAGCAAAACGCUUGUCCAGUCGGUCAGCACCCAGACUGACUGGGUCAGCGCUCUGGGCAUCGUACCAGGCUCCCCGGUGCUCCUCAGCGGGUGCAGAGGCGGGCUGCUUCGCCUUUGGCACGCCGACUCACUGGCACCCCUCGGUGAAGUCCAAGGACAUGACAGUCCCAUCAACGGCUUGGCAACCAACAGCACCCAAUUGUUCACAGCUUCAGAUGACCGCACCGUGAAAAUCUGGGAAGCAAAGAGCUCCGUGGAAGAUGGACUCCACUGACACCCAGCCUCUUCCCACACACAUUGGACUGUCUACUUGUAAACAUUAGCUUUAUUCUUUGAGUUUGAGACAUUGAGCCAUGGCUGGUGUCCCACAGGGAUCUGAGUCAGGAAGACCAACUUAGAUGAAGUAAACUUUUCCAGGUUUAAACAGUUGCUAAUAUUUUAGGUCAGAACAACUCACUAUGAACUCGAGGAAGCCUUGGAAGUCUUUGCUGAAGUUCCAGGGGCCACAAGACGGUUUGUUUGGUUGAUCAGGGAGUCUUUUUAAAGCUGCUGAGAGAAAAGAAGCUGCGUUAAAGAAAUGGCUUGCUGUGAUCGUAUCCUGUGUGUUGACUUGAUGUAUUAUAUGUCUUCCCGACAAUGCUGAACAGGUCAUUUUGUGUGUGUUUGUGUGUGUGUGUGUCUGUGAUGUUUUUGUUCCCAGUUAAAGGACCAAACUACUGAAGAUUUGCUUCGAAGCUGUUACUGCCAAAUGCACCGGAGUUAAACACUGAAAGUCUCUAAAAGAAAAACAUGCUUUAAGGUCUAUCAAUAUGCAUGUUUUUCCUAUUUGUUUUUCUUCUUUUCUUUUGUUUAUCAGAGGAUAAAAGAAUAGCACUACUUCAAGAUAUAUUUACAGUUCAGGCUUUCAGGAAAGCAUAAAAGGCUCAAAUUACAAAACACGUCCCUCUGGGAUAAUUAGCUUAAUUUGACAUGGUAAUUAGCCUUGUAGCCUAAGAUUUUGAAUACCUUUUUGAAUUCGUUUUGCAAACAAUAUUGACUUGUUAACUGUGGCUGUGUUGUUUUCAUUAAGGCUGCAGCUUAUUUUCUUUUUUUUUUUUCAAUCUUGAGAAAUCUAUCAACCUGGAAUCAUGUUCUGUUUCACGUUAUUUAACAUCUGAACGUCAACGACAGGCCGUUUGUGAUCUGAACGAUGUGAAAGCAAAUACUGUACGUUUAUGGAAUCAAGCACCUUGUACUUUUCAGCUCACAUGGAAACAUGUGAGCUGAAAAGUCAAACAUAUCUAUGUGGGUCCAGGAAGAAAAAGAAAGAGACAAGACUGAACUCGUUUCUGCCUGGUAGGGGUUUGGCUUUUGUCGGCUGAAAAAUCUGACCUGCUCAAAUCCCAAAAUCAGUCACCGCAAACGGAAUCAAAUGUUUGGAAGACCUCUGAAAUGCUACUGUUUAUUUAUUUAUUUUCUUGAAUCCAAGAUUAUUAUCCAUUUUUUCUGCAUCACUAGUGACUAGUACAUGUGUUCAAUCUAUUGCCCUGUGUGUCAUAGACGAUGAUUUGCACAGAAUCGAUGGGAUGGAUUUCUCUUUGAUCAGUUGUUUAUUCAGUGCCUGUCAUAAAUCCUGAACUGUACGUUGAUUUAUUUAUUCUUGUGAUGUGAUUUUUGAGGACUUUCCUUCGUUGGGAAAAGAUCAGGUAAACGUUUUUUUAAUAACGUGCCGUCGAAAUUUGAUGUAUCGCUAACGUUGCGCUCUUCUUUGGAGGCAGCGCUGUCUAGCACAGAUUGCAUUGAGGAUCAUGGUUUUCUGUACCAAUGACAGCAAUUUUCUUUAGAUGAUCUUAAAUCCUUACUAAUCAACUAGGCAACUUAAGAUGUGAAGACUCCCUCUGAUUUUCUAAGUUGAGCUGAAAGUUAAGUUUAUUGUGUAAAUAUAUUUGUUGUUUCUUCCGCAGAUUCUGCUGUGCGCAGCUUCUUGUAAUGGGCAUAUCAGAUACAGUGUGUAAAUAAAUUGUGAUAAAAAGUGCUUUGUAA